AACAUGUUACUCUAGCGGAGCUAAACAAUAUGAUAAAUAACUCAUCUGUAAACAAAGCAACUGGGCCAACAGGCAUAUCAAAUGAGAUAAUGAAACAACUUCCCAAUAGCGCAAUAGAAUGGUUCAGAGAUAUAAUCAAUGCAAGCCUACAGCUAAAAAAA